GUGAUUGCUAUUUUAGAGUAGUUUGUGAUUGACAGUCAUGUGCUAUUAUUAACGAACAUAAGACAAUGCAUUUUGUUGUGAUUCUAUUAAUUUUGCAAUGUAUGCGAAUAUCCUCACUGACAUGUCCUGAUGGAUGGAAGUACCAUACAUUAUCUAAAGACGUUCCAGGAAAUUGUUACAAAGCCUUUGGUCACAAGGCUUCCUGGGAGGGAGCCGUUCACCAUUGUAUGAGAUACCUCAAGAGCAUUUUGGCUGACCUCAAAGACGCCCAGGAACAGGCGUAUGUAAGAGAUAAUCUACUUCCGGACCUAACCGGAAAUGACGAUGGAGUUUGGCUCGGGGCCAGGGAGAGGCGGGGACGCUGGACGUGGGUUGGUGGCCGAUCAAUGGAUAUACAUUCAUUUAGCUGGAUGGAAGGAAACCCAGACAAUGGAGGAUUGUUUAAUGUAAUAGAUACUGAGGAUUGUUUGGAAAUGAAAAAGACAGGGCUACUUAAUGACUACAAAUGCUCCGAGAAAAGACCGUUUAUUUGCAAGAUGUCGAAUAUUGAGAUCCCCUCCACUACCAUUGUUACAGAAACAACAACAACAACAACGACUACAGAACGUGCUGCUGAGAAAAACGCGCAUACGUCAUCAACAGGAAAACAUACUGGUGCCAAGACCGCAGUUGGAAUAGUUGCCGGUGUCAUUUGUGCUCUUCUAAUUGUUAUCGUAGUUGCUGUCAUUAUUUGCAAGAGAAAGUCUCAAAGGAACCUGUAUGACACCCCAAACGCUGUGUCAUCAAGCAACGAGCACCUCUACGAUUCUCUCAGCACAUCAAACAAGUUAGCUACCACCGAAGUGCUACACAAGAACUAUUCCUCGUCGAAACAAACUAGCGAGCUCGAACACACAUAUGAAUCAGUUGCUUUUUCGAUCAUUUAGAGUUGCAAAUUCACAUUUUUGCUUUUUUCUAAAAUUUGUUAUACGCUUGAGCUUUAGACAACAAACAUUCAACUGAGUCAAGGUGGAGCAGAACAGCAUUCUCAAAAGUACAAAUUUUAAAUGAAAAUCAGUUCCUGAAACAUACUUGGAGUAAUGCCUGACUUUCAAAAUAAGUCAAUGCAAGAUUAUAUAAUAUUUUGCCUAAAUUAACAGUAUAACACAGGAAUAAUACACGGAUAUGAAAGAGUAAACUUCUAUAAACUGGAAAACUCCUUAAUAUUGCAUAAUAAUUAUAUAACUAAUAUACUUCAGUGGAGUGAAUACAGAUGUACAAUGCAUGAAUAAUUCAAAGCGGUUUUCCCCUCCUGCACACACUGCUUUAACAGUAAAAAAUUCUAAAUGGACAAAAUACACCUGAAGCAUAAUAUGAUAUAUGAAAGGACAUUUUUUUUCUAUAUCAUUUUCCAUUAUUAUAUACCUUAGAAUUUACAAAUGUAUAUUGGCGUUCAUAAUUUUUCUUAUGAUUCUUAGUUACGAAUAUUUGAUUUAUGUAUGUACAUUUGUAAGUAAUUUGUUAUACUCUAUUUGUCUAAACUAUGACCUGAAUUUAAAGGGUAUUCAUUAUACUACAACUGUGCUCACAUUCGCUUAAAAAUGAAGUUGAAAAGCAUGAUAAAAUAACAUAGUAUAAAAGUUUAGUUGACUCUGAAUGCCAAUGUAAACCUGCUGCUCACUAAAAUGCACCAAAUCAGUAUAGGCGGGCUAGGUAGUGUGCGGGUUUGAGUGGUGAGUUAGGGAGUGUGCGGGUUUGAGUGGUGAGUUAGGGAGUGUGCGGGUUUGAGUGGUGAGUUAGGGAGUGUGCGGGUUUGAGUGGUGAGUUAGGUAGUGUGCGGGUUUGAGUGGUGAGUUAGGUAGAGUGCGGGUUUGAGUGGUGAGUUACGGAGUGGGCGUGCGGAUGUGUUGUCAGUUUAAGUGUGAGAGCGAGCGGGCGAGUGCCAUGCUUUCAUACAUAUGAUAUGUUUUGAAUAUCUCUUUGAAGGAAUUAUCGCUCAAGCCUUUCAGCACUUUCAGUGCUUUGACUUUUGUCUUAAAAAGAGCAAUUGUUUGUGUGAUUGUCUGGAAAUCAGUGUUAUAAGAGGGAUGACUAAAGAUAAAAACGCAAUUCCCAUAUUUAUGGUUGAAGAUUGAUGUUUUUUGCUAGAAGCAUAACGAAUGUUCUAGUGAAAUUAAACUUUUCGGAUGUGCUCACAUGACAUCAUAGAAGAUAGGAAGCGUGAACUUAGCAGCAUUUCAGCUUAAUAGCGUGAACAUAGCAGCCUGGCAGCGUGGAAGCAUGGCAGCGUUGCAGCGUGAAGUUAGCAUCAUAAGAGUAUGGCAGUCUGAAGCGCGAAAAACGUACCUUCGAUCAACAAUGAACACGGAAAGGAUGUAUGUUUGCGUGGGAUCCAUUGUUAUGGUUAUAAUACGUUGCAAACCAUGUUGUGAAUUUCAGUAAUUUGCACCCUUAGGCGGCAAAACGUAUACUUCAGGUCUCGUGAUUGGCUCUUUUUGUUUCUUCGACCGUAAAGCUGGUAUUGCUUGUUAAUUGCUCAUGAGUAUACUACUUUACAGGUGCUGUUUGCUAAUAUAAGUAAGCAAGUAACCUAAUUUCAACACGUUUCAAUAAAAGCGUUGCCAACAUAGUCUUUCAGACUUAUUUACAGUAUUCAUAACAUAUAUGAAGUCAAUUCCUAUAUGUAAGCCAGUUUUCUCCCUGGUCGUAUGAAUACAAAACUUACUCAUCAAUUUUCUGAAAAUUGUAAUGCAAUUUUGACUAAAAAUACAUGCUUAGUAUUGGUUUGCUAUGUUGAAACAUUAUAUCCAACCGCUUUAACUUUGUCUUUGAAUAAACUGUAUUUGAAGUGUGUGCGUAUGUGCGUGCGUGCAUUCGUGUUUGCGUGCAUGUCAUUUGUUUACGCAUGCUAUAAUAGUAGAAUUUCUCACACUCGAUCUUAUGAAACAAAACAAAUAAGUUUUUAUAAUUGUUCUUAAAAUAUUUUCCUUGUUAUUGUCGUUCAGUCUGGCCUUGAAUGAUGAUGCAGGGUCUUCCCUCUGAAUUCUAAUUGAAUAAAAACAGACCUUUAUGUUGGUUCGUGUUCAUGAAAACAUUCUGUCAAUUCAAAUCAUUCUAAAUUUAUAUUCCGACAAUAAAAAGACACUGUCAAGAACGUGACUUAAAUUUAAUGCAUUGAAAUUAAAUCUUAAAAUCCCAAUGAAAAAUGAAACUACAUCGACAAAUUGACAACUAGUGUGUCCAAUACAUUUGAAUGUAGUGUAUAAGCAAGAUGUUUCUUUAUUCCCUUUUUAUGUAAUCCCAUUUUAUUGGAAUGAUUUGGGUGAUAUACCUUUACACUAGUUUUUUUAUUACAAACGAUAAAAGGUAACAUUUGGAUUUGGUUUAUUAGGGCAUUUUUAUGCAGAAUAAAAAGUCUAAAAAAUAUUUUCAAUAAAAAUGCAAUAGCCCAUUGGGGAAAUGACUUUUUGAAUACUGAAAAGAGUAUCUUGAAAGAUUUUAGACAUUAGGUCCAUCCAUUUUGAAAAUUUUGAUUGUUCAAGUUUUCUAUUCAACAUUGAUGAGAUUGUUCAGGUUCGGCACAGUUAAGCCAUUUAAUAUAAGAUUUAAACGAAAUAAAAUAUCGACAAAAAAUCUUGGUUUUACAGUACGUCAAUGACGUGUCAUGUUGAUGGAACUUUAAAUGCCGUUGUCUCUCUCAUACUUAAUGCAAGUAUUGCUGUUGAAAAGUAUUUUUAAUAGCAGGAUUGAUUUUAUCAAAAACGUGUAUUACGUAAAAAUGUAAUUAUAUUAUUGUAUGAUACUAAUUGUGAUCUGACACGCUUUAAUGUUGACUUUUUAGCAAACGUUAUAUUCACAACUUUGUUCCGAUUCAAUCAGACGAAAUUAUUAUGUUUUGUACAU